GUAUACUUGAGGUAAUUAAUGGAAAACGAUGUAUCUUUACAAAUUCUUUGAUAAGAACGAUGUUAAAGCACAAAGUGAAGCACUGGAUGUUAGUAAAGUGAGAAUAUAGGUGAAUGUGAAGUUCCUCAAUCGGGAUACACCACUAAUCAGGAAGUUCAACCUGAAAGGAAAUCUUAAAAUAAGAAUUUAAUAUGCGUUUGCGCUGCUUCAUCAUAAUUAAAACAGGUAUAAUCGAAACAACGUUAAAACAGCAUGCUGUAAUGUAAAGAUCGGUUGUUAUGGCAACAAAUGAAAUGAUGACAUUUCUUAUGGCAACGGGACUGAUACAUGUAAUAUACGUUGUCUCUUUAAGUCACGCAGCCCAUACACCAGCUGUACCAGCGUCGUCUUCGACAAGUAACAGCCCGAGUACCCACGGCCGUAAUAAAUGGCUUACAUGGAACCAUAGAGGAGUCAGAAUAACUUUAUCAACGUCUUCUACGGAACGACCAGCAACAAUAACUGCAUCUAUGUCUGGACAUCUGCAUCCAACCAAGAGUCAACCGAAUUACGACGCGACCAUGGUCUCAAUCAGUCCAUCUCGAAACACAUGGCAGCACAUUAGACCAACCUGGAGGCCUUCGACCACACACGCAUAUGGUUACCAUCCCAACCGUCGCUACAGAAUCAGAUCUAGAGACAGAUACUUACUCGCCGGAUGGCACGUGGUUCAUACAACGUUGUCUCCAGGUGCGAACAACGUACCACGAUUACGUACGGCAGCACUGAAAGGGGCCACCUCUGAUGACCUGGGCGCUGCUGCUAUCAUUGGAUUGACCGUAAUUUGCCUAACCGUCUUAACGAUGGUUGCCAUAGGCGGUUUCUUGAUAUACCGCAGAGUAAGCGUUCUGAAUCUACCCCACACAAGCCUACAUGAGGAUGACAUGACUGAAGCAAUGGUCGCCAUGCCAACAGUAUCACCGCCACCUAUUGAGCCAAAAGCAGACGACACACCUCCAUCACAAAAAGUAUCCACUGCAUCGUAUGAGGUUCCAUGUGAAGUUAACACAAGAGAGAUUGAGCAUGAGGAAAACCAGAGAGCUGCAGUUCAGGAAUACUCUACCUUAGUAGCGGGUCAAACGGGUGAUCUUAGUGCAAAUAUUAACAUCAGUGCCAGUCCGGGAAAUGAUGAUGAAGUGUACGAGGAGAUUGCUGAAUAUAUCCAAAGUCCUUAACAUUCACAUCCCUGCAAUCUGAUGAUUUAUAAAUUAGAUAAUUAUUUUUCCACUGAUUAAUCUAGCAUCUGUUAACUCGGUUUAGAACAUUAUUUAUGAAAUAGAGCAGACCCGGGAGCAAAGUACUUAGUAUAAAUACUAAGCAUUUUACUAAGCACUUAACUUAUUUCAACC